UAUAUCAGUAUAGUUUGGACUUCUGCUUCAGUUUUCAGUCAGAACACAACAUCAAAAUGGCAGUCAACAUCCCUGGGCUCAUCUCCGUCAUCGUCUUCUACAUCCUCAUCCUCAUUGUCGGCGUUGUGGCUGGGAGAAAGAAAAGAUCCAAGACAGUAGUUGGCAUCAUAUUGGCUGACAGAAACAUGAGUCUUGUCGUAUCCUUGUUCACUAUAACAGCAACAUGGAUUGGCGGAGGUUUCAUCAACGGGACUGCAGAAAUCGUUGCCAAGAAGGGAUUUGCCUGGAUGCAAGCGCCAAUUGGCUACUCCCUCUCCCUCAUCAUUGGUGGUAUUUUGUUUUGUCCCCGUUUACGUCGUGACAACUGCAUCACAAUGUUGGACCCUUUCCAAGACCGCUACGGCGGAGUGAUGGGCGCCCUCAUGUGUAUACCACAGUUCCUGGGAGAUCUCUUCUGGACAGCCGCCAUUCUGUCGGCCCUGGGUUCUACUAUGGCUAUCAUCCUUGACCUUGACGAAACCCUGUCUGUUAUCAUUUCCGCCAUCAUCAGUGUCUCUUACACCCUAGUUGGCGGCCUCUGGUCUGUUGCCUACACAGACAUUGUGCAGCUCAUAUGCUUAAGUGUUGGCUUGGUUGUGGCAGCCCCGUUCAUCAUGACCAACCAAGCUGUGGACUUACAAAGGAUCCAGGAAACAUGGCUAGGGGAAGUAACUCUGCAACAGACAGGGUACUUUCUGGACCGUUAUGGCCUUCUAAUCCUCGGGGGCACAACAUGGCAGGAGAUGUAUCAGCGUACGUUGGCCUGCCGUACAACAAGACAAGCUGUGGCAUCAUCAGUCGUAGCUGGAGUCAUGUGUCUUCUUCUCAGUAUACCACCUGCUGUCAUUGGGUUCGCGGGAUCUGCGGCAGAUUGGAAUCAGACUGGUUAUAUGGGUGAGAUCCCGCUUACCGUGGAACAGAUGCACUUUAUCCUGCCAAUGGCCUUGCAGUAUCUCUGCCCCAUGACUGUGUCCAUCCUAGGACUGGGCGCGGUCUCAGCAGCCGUCAUGUCAUCCACAGACUCCAGCACGCUCUGCACGGCUUCAGUCUUCACCAAGAACAUCUACAAGAGCAUUAUCAGAAAAAAAGCCUUGGAUCGGGAGAUGGUGUGGGUCAUGAGAGUGGCCAUCGUUGUUACGGGUGCUCUUGCUGCUGUCAUCGCCAUCGUUGUAAAGAGUGUAUAUGGACUUUUCAUCCUCUGCUCUGAUUUGAUGUACGUCAUUCUCUUCCCGCAGUUCAUCUGCGUUCUCUACAUCAGCAGCUGUAACGCAUAUGGAUCGUUUGUGGGGUUUAUGGUGGCGUUCAUCCUGCGGGCGUGUAGUGGCGCUAAGCUCAUCAACUUCCCUGCCAUCAUACACUACCCCCUGUACAACACAACGGAUGGCCAGCUGUUUCCCUUCCGCACGCUGAUUGCUGUAAUUGGAUUCUUCCUCAUAAUAUCGGUGUCAGUAGGAACCAAACUAUUGUUUACUAGGGGAUGGAUAUCAAGGAAAUAUGACAUUUUUGAUUGCUUUGGACACCUUCAGUCUUCAGAUACGGCUGACAAGCUUGAGGCUUCUGAAAUGCUGCCUGAAUCUGAUGUAAAGAAGGGAAAGCUUGACACAUGCUCUCGAGCUUCAUCAGACAAUAUGUGA